AUGUGUAACACCACACUCCGUCAGAAUCGAGGUCUGGACAUCCCGGUGACAUCUAAGCAGAACCUGUAUGUCCGCCCGGGUGAACAUGCCACUGUCGAGAUCAAGUACGGUUACAGCAACCCCCAGAAGGAGGGUGUCUGGGCGGGCCGCGGAGACCUCUGGGUCACCUGCAUCAACUAUGCGGCCAAGUCUUGGGCGAGAUCGGUGAAGGUCGUCAACAUUUCGAACCAGAUGACGCUGGUCUACGAGAAUACUCCGUCUCCGGAAGAGCGAACGAAGCAGAUGGAGCUCGAAGAUUUUGAGUGGGCCCACCAACCUCCGGCCGUGAAACCCGCCGAAUAUCCCUGGCCGAGUAAAAUCCAGGUGAUGAUCGACCGGAAGAAGAAGACGUGCAAGGAAAUCCCGCUGCAGACUCGCCCGCAGUCGUUGCGGGCGGGAGUUGCUCGAGCUCAGCCCAAGAUCAUGUGCGAUAUGGCAGUUCAGACGUGUACUAUGGUGGAGAUUGGUACGCAGACGGGCCCGAUCGUCCUCGGCCAGGAAGAGAUGUCUGAGAAGACCCUGGACGUGAACGAGCCGGACAUCCCAGUGGAGACUGCGAGUGAGACGGAACCCGAAGCUGAACCAGUCCGCCCGGAGUUGCCUGGCCAGGAUGUUCCCGAUGAAGACGAAGAACUAGAUGAUCGUCCAAGUUGCGCGAUGGUGUCUACGCCCGUCUGGAGACUCGAAGAAGAGUAUAUCCGAUGCAUGAGAGCCAGCCAGGAGGAUCUCGACUACGAGCCGGCGGUCUACCUCCGGGAGGGCAGCGAGGUGAUGUCACAGUUACGCGAAGAACUCGCCAUGCUGCCCGAGCUGAAGGACCUCAGCCCGGAGUGUGACAUCUCCAAGGCUGACGUUGGUGAACCCGGCCGGACUUCUCCGGGCGAAGUGGGCAAGCUGCGAAAUAUCCUGGAGUAUCUUUGCAAGAUUUCCUGGGAGAUGGAAAUGCUGCCCCCGCCCUGGCCAGGGGCAUGGUAUGUGAUCUGGACGUAG